CCCCCUCCCACUACCAAGCUCUUCAUCUCACACACCUGCCAUUCACCUGGGACUGUACCCUUAGUGGUGGCCUACACAUUACCUCCAAGGGCCAGGUACCACACUGACUCUCCCUGCAGCCUUUCACACAGCAACAGUCCCUUAACUUAGAUGUCGCUAUCGCCUGCUCUCCACCCACGGAAGUCACUGGACUCACUGCCGGGAACAUCACAACACUAGAGUAGCCCAGUGACCAGUGCCUAGUGCCUACCCUCCUGGCACCCUCAGGCGGCCACGGCACCCCUCACGCCAGCCUGCCGCCCCACCGCCUCACAGCACCACCCCGGGAUUCACUGGCAGCGUCUUGUACCGGACCUGUACCGUGGUGUCUGUCUGUGUGUGUGUGUUUCUAAGUGAGCUGUGAGUGUCCAGGCCUCUCGUCGCAUGGGUGAGUGAGAGGUGUGCAGCAGGAAGCCAACCACCACCACCACCACCACAACCACCAUGCCACAGCGCAGGAAGGACUGUGGCUUCCAUCACAGCCCCUCACAGCCCAGUCACGGCCACAGGAGGGACGCCACACCCCCCCCGCCGGGAUCCUUCCCAGACCACAAGAUCACUAAUGAAGUAACCAAGAACACCAGCGACGAUGAAAGCAACAGCACCGACACCCCCACUGACACCACCCCCACCAAGACCCCUACUAGCUCAAGGGACCUCCUGGACGGCACUACGCAGCGACACCCUCUAGGCACCCCCCCGGAGACCAGUACCACCAGCAAACACCAGCCAAGAACGUCCCCUCACACCUCAGGGCAGACACAAUGCAGACUUCGCCCAAACACAAGUCCAGGGAAGGAGAGCAGAGUGGCACCAGAGGAAGGGUUAGAGAAGGCCAAACACCACCAGGGGCCCACACCAGCCUUGCUCAUCCUUGUCGUCUUCCUCAUUCUCCUUGGCAUUUACUCCCUGCAGCAAGCGAUAAGCAAAGCAGAGGAGGAGAAGCUGAAAAAACCACCCAAACCAAUAGCAGACAUUUACGCAGAUUUGAAACGCGAGCUGCAGAGUUUGAGCAGGGAGUUUAGCCAGCCUAGAGAGGUGUGGCUGGGGCUUCUGGGCCAGCUAGAGGCAGUAAUGGUAGAGGAACCUUUGCAACCAGCUGUGAUACUGUUUGUUGUGCCUGAUGACUCCCAGGGUGUGGCUACUUGUUUGUCUCAUCGCCUGGCUAGAGCUGUGCAGUAUGCGUUUGAAGACUCCCAGUUCGUGAUGUAUGACACACGCACCAGUGAAUAUCUUGACUCCAGCGCCCUCCUGAAGGUGGAGCUGGACGAGACCCUCAGGAUGCUGGAGAGAAGUCACGGUGCAGUGAUCCACAACUUAGAGAGCAUCCCAGGCCCUGCUGCCAUGAUCCUUCACGCCUACUGUGAUAAUGAGAACGCCCCUUAUAAACAGGCUAUCCUGAUCCUGCUUGUGGAGGUCCCAGGCACAUACAAAGACCUUGGCUACUCCAGAAGGCUUGACACACUGGUUGACGCUCACCUGGGGCGGCUGUGGGGGGCGGAGCUGGCAGAGAAGGAUGUGUCAGCGCUCAUAUCUCGCACUUGCAAUACGCCUGUUCUUAUUCGUCCAGAGAAACCAGAGAAGGUGUCUGAGAUGUGUCCUUUGUAGUGGUGGUGGUAGUGUGUGUGUGUGUGUGUGUGUGUGUGUGUGUGUGUGUGUGUGUGUGUGUGUGUGUGUGUGAGGGAAUACAAGUGUUAGAGAAAGAUAAAAGGUUGUAUGGAUAAUCAAGUGACAUUAUUCCUAGGUUAAAAUUCAUUAGUCUGUCCAAAAAUGUAAGUAAAAAAUAAUCAACAGAAAAAUGAGAAUAGAAAAGAAGAAUUAAGGAAGGAAGGAAGGAAGGAAAGGAGAUAGAAAUGAUGAAUGGGAAGGAAGGAAGGAAGAAAUAUUUGAGUUGAAAGAAAGGAAGCAAGUAAAAAGGAAAAAAAGAGAGAGAGAGAGAGAGAGAGAGAGAGAGAGAGAGAGAAUUUUAAAACACUACUUCUUACUAUUUUUAUACAAACGAAUAUUAUUAUUGGCACGUUUAUAUAAAUUUCUUACUCAUUAUUAAUAUUAUGUCAGAAUUGUUGCUCAAAAUGAUAUUAUGUAUAGUAUCUGUAUGUAUGUAUGUACUGGCUAGUCAGAGUGUGUGUGUGUGUGUGUGUGUGUGUGUGUGUGUGUGUGUGUGUGUGUGUGUGUGUGUGUGUGUGUAUUUAAUUCUAUUUAAUCCUAAUUUACUUACUUUUCCUUCUCUUAGACUUAUUAUAAACAAAAAAAUAAUUAAAACACCCAAAUAACCUCUCAUAUAUUUAUUAGAGAGAGAGAGAUAGAGAGAGAGGGAGAGAGUUUUAAUUAAGACGAAGGUUUAUGUAGGUUUAGUAUAGGUGUGUUGGUGGUAUGUGGGAUCCAACACUGUGCUAUAUAGGUUGAAAUCCUCUUUAGUGAGUUCAGAAUGCCCUUGUUUUGUCAUUCUCAGUAAUUACACCGUCACUUUCGAUUGUGGGACUGUUCUUUGUGAGUUUAUUUAUUGUUGCUAUUUAUUCAUUUUUUGUUUCAUUCCUACAUUUUGAGUGAGUAUAUCUUUACCUGUCUCACCCUUAUCAGAAACGCCUUCCCCUCUCACUCUGACAAUUUUCCGAGGCCACAGAGACAACUAGCUGAGUUUUUAAGACAGUUUCUCCUUUUAAUAAACUAGAAAUCUUGCCAAUCUAUCACCAGAACCAUAAAAACACCCUCAAAAACACGAGUAUCUUCAACUUGAGCGUGUGGAAAGCAAUGAUGGUGAGAGAGCAAAGUGUUUCAGAGUACAGGCCUUUCUGUGGUGCUUGGCUGGACUGGAGACAUGAACCCAUAAUGUGCAUGUCUCAGAAGGCAGGAACAUGAAAUAAAACAAUGAUAAUGACUGA